AUGUGCGAUAAACUGCGGGAAUAUGUACGCAAACGAGAGGUCCCUGAUGACGUUAAAAUGCAGUUUAAAGACAGUCGACGAGGCUAUUUUUAUUUCCAAGGAGAAAAACACGAUAUCACACUGGUCGAUUUACCCACUGUCAUUGAAUCACAGAGAACGCUAGAUAAGAAGCAGUUCUACAAGAUCGCCGACAUUUCCCAGAUGCUAGUUGUUGACGGUGCGUCACGGGAAGACCAGCAGUCAUUGCAGGCCGGUGGUCGACAUAGUGCCGAUCCAUACAUGUAUCCCCACGGCUUGACGCCGCCACUGAAGCACGUACGAAAAAGACGUUUUAGGAAGAAGUUAUCCAAGAGAGCAAUUGAAGAGGUGGAACGGGAAGUUGAACGAUUAUUAGAAGUGGAUGCUACAGCAGAAGAUGUACAAUAUGAAGUAUUUGAUAACCGAGAGACAGAGAUGGAGAUGGAAUCGGACGCAGGUACACAGGACAUCGACCUUGGCAUGAGCGAUGCUGAAAGUGAAAGCGACGAAGACCUAGCGGCGGCUAUUGACCGUGAUCUGGAGAUGAUGGAGGAAGAAGAUAACGAAGAUAAUGAUGAGGAUGAUAAUGAUGAAGAUGACGAAGAAGAGGAUAGUGAAGAGGAUGAGGACGAAGAGGAAGGCGGCAAGACCGGCGAAAUAGAACAAAAACGACAAGAAAUUGCCGAAAUUAAACAAGCAAUACAGAGAAAGACAAGGGAUCUAUUAACCGCACCCAAUGCCAUGUUAAAGAAACGAUUCGAAACCACUAUUGAGAAUCUGAAGAAGGAAUUGGCGCUGAAAGAAGCCCAUCUCGCUGAAAUGAGUAAACAACAGCAACAGCAACAACAAUAA